UCCGCUUUUGUCUUCCAUGUCCAAUCGCCUGAGCUUCUGAACGAUCACUUUCAUUGCUUGCUGCAUCAAUCAGCCAUGUUCCGUGCUACGUCUCGUCUGCUUGACUGUCGAAUCACCUUCUUCACUCGGAGUCCCUGUGGGCUUUGUGACACCGCGAAAGCUGUGGUGCAGAAUGUGAACAAGACUAGACCGCUGCAAUAUCAGGAAAUCAAUGUCAUGGAGCCAGGCCAGGAGAAGUGGAAAGAUGUGUACGAAUUUGAUACUCCGGUGAUCCACAUCGACAAAGCAAGCGCUACCGAAACGACGACCUCAUCGCUGAAGCUCAUGCACCGUUUCAAGGAGGAAGAAGUCACAAAGUUGAUGGACGAAGCAGAACGGUCGUAGGCCCAGAUGUUUGGCGGCUCGAAAUGGAUGUGUGUAAUCAUGCAACAGAGAUGAUGAUCUGGAGGCGUUCGACAGCGUACUCGCCCGAUACUUGUGAGCAAACAUUGAAGUACUGUCGUACACAG